AUGGACGACCAAUUUGGCCAGUUUCUGGUGUUCCCACUGUCUCCAAGUUCUCCUGCUGAAGUUGACGGAGGUAGUGAGGCUGUGCUGAAGCGGGCUGGUAUCAUCACUCUUGAAGGCGAAGAAGUUUUGCUCAGAAAGGACUUGGUAUCAUGCGAGCUGGUCCUCCCCACGGGACCAGAGUCCGGCGAUAUACCGCCUGGGGAUGGCACGUUGUUCCUCACGAGCCAGAGGGUUUUAUAUGUCCCCGAGAACUCCACAGAAGGGUCACAACGCCAUUCCUGUUUCGUUGCUGCUAUUUCCGAUUUGCCAGACCCGGACUACUUCGAGUUCAUGAGCGGCAAGGUAUGGAAGUCGAGUUGCACCAGUGGUCAUGCUCUCUUGGUCUGCUUCUCCUUUACCGAGAGCGAGGGGGAUGAAUUCGCAAAUCGAUUUACACAGGUAAAGCAAGGCUUGUCACAGGACCAGGAAGGGAGCAGGGAGAUGGGCUGGACUUGGAGUGGCCUCGGCGCCGACAUGCCACAUGAGGGUUUUGCCGCAUAUCAAGGCCCCGGUGCAAACCCAUCGUGGUCGACGACGACGCACUAUCAUCACGAACCUACCGCCCAGACAUUCCCUGCCGUCGUAGACCUGACCGGGCCGACACCGUGGUCGACGACGACACACUAUCAUCACGGACCUGCUGCCCAGACAUUUCCUGCCGUCGUAGACCAGACGGAGCCUCCACCUGGCCAUGACGAAGCGCAAGCAUGA